UCCUCUCUCGCUCUGGCGGCUACCCAAGAUAGGGGAAAUCCACGCGCCAGGGGGGCCUUCCUCGCGGGGGGCGCGCCUCCCCUCCCCUCCAGCCUUACCUGUCCAGAUCCGCCAUGAGGACCAAGCCGGAGCCGGCGGCGCUGCCGGAGGCUUAGGCGGAAGCUUAGGGUAAGGGGUAAUUUCUCUCAGCCGAGCAACCUAGCUAGCAAGCGAGAGUAGAUAGCAAGGAACUAAGGGAGAGGAGGAAGAAGAGAAAUGCGGGAGUCGAGGAUGGAGGAGUACGGCAUGGGGGCGAUGGACACUCUCGUCCCCAUGCUGGAAGAGCUGCUCCAUGAGUAUAACCUGCGGACAAGUGUGCAGAAGGAGAUCAAGUGCCUCAUGGACGAGCUCUUGGUCAUGAGAGCUGGGCUUGCGAAGGUGUCCAACAUGCCAGUGGACCGGUCUGUCAGGUAUUGGGCUUACCAAUUAAGGCAACUUUCCUAUGACAUCUAUGACAGGCUCGACGCCUUCAUGGUGCCCAUCCAGGCUGUUGAACCGACCGAGCGUAACAUCAAUCACCUACUGAAGAGGACCCGCAAGAAGAUUACCAAGUUGAAGUGUCGCCAUGAGAUACCCAACAUCAUCAAAGACAUGCUGGUCAAAGUUAUGAAGAUGAAGGACCGUUAUGACCGCUACAAGAUCCAAGAUAUUGUUGCUGAUCUUGCCACAACUGUGGUUCACCCUUGUGAAGAUACCAUUGCUAAUCUUGUCGCAACGGCCGACCCUUGUUUCCUGGCUAAGCACAACAAGGUGCUUAUACCUGUUGGGAUUGAGGAGGCAAUCGACGAGCUGACCAAUAUGUUGUCUGAGGGCGAUAACGUGUCCGAGAGAAAGCCAAAGGUUCUCUCCAUUGUUGGAGGUGGAGGAUUAGGCAAGACAACUCUUGCUAAAGCAGUGUAUGCUAAGCUUAACAAGAAAUUUGAUUGUGGAGGUUUUGUUCGAGUGGGUAGGAGUCCAUACACGAGGAAAGUUCUCAGAGACAUCAUCCAUGAACUUUGCAACAAAAGGUCUAUGGACAUCGCCUCAUCAAAAAUGGAUGUAAGGGAGCUCUCCGACGAGCUAACAGAAUUCAUUGCAGGCAGAAGGUACUUGCUUGUUAUAGAUGACUUGUGGGAGAUAUCAACAUGGGAAAUGAUUGAACAUGCAUUGAGGAGUAGUAACCCUGGAAGCAGAAUAAUCAUAACUACUCGUCUGCAUCGUGUUGGUGAUGUUCACCGCAUAAGACCACUUUCCUAUGCUAACUCCAAACAACUGUUCGGUACAAGAACAUCUAAUUGUGAAAGUGCAAGUACAGAUGAAGUGAUCCAUAAAUUUUUAAAGAAAUGUGGGGGUGUGCCAUUUGCUAUCAUUACAAUAGCUAGCUUGCUUGUUGGCAAACGAAGUGAGGAUUGGUCUAAGGUGUAUGAUGCCAUUGAUUUUGGGCAUGACGACGAUGAUAUUUUUGAGAGCACAAGAAAGAUAUUGCGUUUUAGUUAUUAUGAUCUACCUUCUUGUCUAAAGAUCUGUUUGUUGUACAUGAACGUGUUUCCAAGAGAUUACUUGGUUGAAAAAAAUUCCUUGAUCUGGAGGUGGGUUUCUGAAGGUUUUGUCCCUGAUAGACAAGGAGUAAGAGGGUCGUUUGAACUAGGAGAGAUCUAUUUCAACAUACUAGUGAACAGAAGCAUGAUCCAGUGGAUAGAACCCAAUCAUGUAAACACCCUAGGGGGUUGCCAUGUUGACAAUAUGGUAAUGGAUUUCAUCAAUGUCAUCUCAAGGGAAGUAAACUUUGUCGCAAUACGAGAUGUGGAGCAGGAGUGGGGACGUUCAUGGGAAGGUUCAUGUUAUAGAUUAGCACUCCACAAAAGAAGUAUGAAGCACAACUAUAGCAUGAAAGUGGAACACAUGAGGUCAUUUAUUGCCAUCAUGUGCCAUGAUUGUAGUAAGAAGCCUCUAAUUUUGACAAACUUUAAAGUAUUACGUGUGCUAGUACUAGAGAAAUGUGAAUUUUUGGAAGGUUGUAGUCUUAAGCAUCUCGGAAAGCUGGUUGAGCUGAGGUACCUAGGACUGGUGGACACAAAUGUUAUUGAGUUCCCAAGAGAAAUAGGACGUGAUCUCAAAUUUCUGCAGACAUUGGACGUAAGGGGAAGUGAUAUAGAAGAAUUACCAGUGUCCGCUGGUGAGCUAACCAACCUGAUGUGCCUGUGCGCCAGCCAGAGUACAAGGAUGAUUGGCGGGGUAGGGAAGUUGACCUCUCUAGAAGAGCUGAGGCUACAUUCAGUGGACAAGUCCCCAAACUUCUUCACGGAAUUGGGGAAGCUGACAAAGAUGAGGAUUCUCGACAUCCAUUUUAAUGAAAUAGACGAGGAAGCAUACAUGGCUCUGGUGGAUUCUUUGUGCCACCUGCGUAGAAUCCAAACUCUCCAGAUCACAUCUGAACAGGAUGAGUCACUUCAAGAUGAAGGAGGAUGGGAAAAGUGGGCUCCCCCUUUACAACUCCAUAGGCUGUUGUUGUGUGGCAUAACUUUACCCAGGCGUCCGUUGUGGAUGGAUCCCGUGCAUGUUCCGCACCUCACCUUCUUGUCUUUCCAAGUGAAGGUGGUAGAAGUGCGGGAUCUACAAAUCCUCGGAAGGCUAUCCGAGCUUGUCUGUCUCUGCAUAAAGAUUGAGCUCAAAUCAUACGGACUCAGUGCAGCGUUGUCGUAUACUGUUGGUAGCGGUGAGUUCCAGAAGUUGGCAAGUCUGAAGGCUAUUGGUAUAUCUAUUAUAUGUGAAGAGGGAGCGCUGCCCAUGCUUUGUAAGUUGGAAUGUUGUGCCAGAGUGGGAAUGGACAUUGGUUUGGUGCCGGGUAAGAUGCCAUUGCUCGAGGAUGUCACAUACUUGCUUGACUGCAAGGGUUCCAGUGCUGAAGAGGUGGCGGGAGCAGAAGCAGCGCUGUGGCAUACGGCAGAAAUGCACCCCAACAAUCCCACCCUUAAAAUAAUCAGAUACAACUAUGAGUCAUCCUCUUCAAAUGACCCUCCUGGAGAUUCCACCAUGCAAGUUCCUACAAGAGUUUCAGUUGCAUUUGGUAUUGUUGGUCCUUCUCGAACAUCUGAUGUCAGUGCAUAUGUUGAUGAUGUUUCGAUCCAAGGCAGAUGCCAAGUCAAGGAGACAGCAGGUCCGAUGAGUGCUUUGUUGGGGGCCAUGAGACCCCUUCUUGGGAAGCUGGACAUGAUGCUGCUGGUUCCUCCUCAAGGAUGCUCCAAGAGGGUGAAGGAUGGGAUGUGCCACCUGAAAGAUGAUGUUGAAGAAUUAAGCUCCUACCUUGAUGAACUUUCAGAGGUGGAGGACCCACCCCCAAUUGCCAAGUCCUGGAUGAAUGAGGCACGCGACCUGUCUUACGACAUGGAUGAUUACAUCGACAGCUUCUAUGUGUCGUCUGCAGGUCCCUCCCUUGUCACCAGCGACAUCAAUACCCCCAGAUCCCACCACAAAUUGGCCAGCCAUGUCAAGACCCCCAAGAGGCUCAAGUGGCAGCAGCAGAUUGAGGCAACGUUAUCAGAAUUCAGGGUUUAUGUCCAGGAGGCUAUUAAACGGCAUGAGGCGUAUGUUUUAUCAGAUUCCAACAUCAAGAGCACCUUGAGGCGUAGAUUUGUGUCUGUUGGCCCUAUGCUUCCAACGUCGUAUGAAGAAACUGCUGACAUAGUAAUCAAUGGAAGGAUGAAUGAAUUUAUUUACUCACUGGCUAACGAUGCAGACCAGCAGCUCAAGGUGCUAUGUGUUCUUGGAUCUGCUUGCCUUGGUAAAACUACACUUGCUCGAGUAUUGUACAACAAAUUUGCGAGCCAGUAUGAUUGUCGAGCUUUCAUUCGGGUGGCCAAAAAGCCUGACAUGAAGAGAAUUUUCUGUGGCAUGCUCUCACAAGUCCAGCGGCGGCAUCCCUCACAUGAUUGUAAGGAGAUUGACCUAAUUGACAGUAUCAGGAAAUGUCUCCAAGACAAAAGGUAUUUAAUUAUUAUUGAUGAUGUAUGGACUGCAUCAGUAUGGGAUAUUAUUAGUCAUGCUCUUCCAAAGGGUAGUCAUGGUAGCAGAAUAAUAAUAACCUCACAGAUUGAAGGUGUUGCAUUAACAUGUUGCUGUUAUCAGUCAGAGCAUGUUUUCGAGAUGAAACCCCUAGAUAAUGAGUACUCCAGAAAGAUUUUCUUUAAAAGACUCUGUGGCUCUGAAAGUUAUUGUUCUCAGCAGUUCAGAGAGGUUCUAAACGAAAUUGUUGAAUUAUGUGGUGGUUUGCCACUAGCAAUAAUCAGCAUAGCUAGCCUUAUAGCAAGCCAGCCUGUCAUACCAACUGAUCUAUUGACAUACAUACAUCAUUUUUUAAGCUCUUGUUUUUGGUCACAUUCUACUUCAGACAUAACGAGACAAGUACUGAAUCUGAGUUUCAAUAAUCUUCCUCAUUAUUUGAAGACAUGCUUGAUGUAUCUGGUUAUGUAUUCAGAGGGACACACAUUCUGCAAGGAUGAUAUGGUGAAGCAAUGGGUAGCUGAAGGUUUUAUCGACACAACAGAAGGACAAGACGUUGAGAAAAUUGCAGGAGGCUAUCUGGAUCAACUUAUUGGUAGAAGAUUCAUCCAGCCUAUAUGUAUCAACUACAUUGAUGAGGUGGUUUCCUUUGCAGUUCACGAUGCAGUACAUGAUCUUAUUGCGCAAAAGUCUUCUGAAGAGAAUUUCAUUGUUGCAAUAGACUAUAGUCGGAAGAAUGUGUCACUUUCUUACAAGGUUCGUCGACUAUCUCUCCUCUUUGGCGAUGCAAGAUAUGCCCAGACACCAACAAACAUCAGAAAGUCACAAGUUCGGUCACUCAGAUUUUUUGGAUUGUUUGAGUGUAUGCCUUGUAUUGCAGACUUCAAGCUUCUUCGUGUUCUAAACCUACAGCUAUGUGGUCAUAGAGGUGGUGAUGGCGACACUGUAGACCUCACUGGGAUUUCAGAACUGCUUCGACUGAGAUAUUUGAAGAUUGCAUGUGAUGUCAGCAUAGAACUGCCAGACCAUGGGCUACAAUUUUUGGAGACACUGGAUAUUAUGGAUGCACGACUCGCUUGUGUUCCAUGGGAUAUCCAUCUCCAACGCUUGUUGCACCUCAACCUUCGUGUUGAGAGAAACUUGCUAGACAUCAGUAUGAAGAGCCUUGGCAAGUUGAACAACCUGCAGUAUCUUCAUCUCACCUCCUCCUCUUCAUCUUAUACACCACCUUCUUCCGAACAUCCGGAUAGAAGCAUUGAAGCUUUGGGUUCUUUACUUGGAGGACAUGGCAACCUAAAAACUGUAGUAGUGUCUCAUGGCUCCUCGGUUAAAAAUAUUGUGGUUGGUGGUGCUUCAAAAACAACCAUCCACUGGGAUGACAUGUCACUUCCCCCCCUUCUCCAGAGAUUUGAGUUGUCACCGCACAGUGGCAUCAUAUUCUCACGAAUUCCUACGUGGGUUGGGGAACUUGGCAACCUAUGCAUUUUGAAGAUUGCAGUGAGGGUACUGCGGAUAUAUUGUGUUGAUAUCCUAAGAGGAUUGCCUGCCCUCACUGCUCUGUCGCUCAAUGUGGAGACGACGCCCAUUGACAAGAUCAUCUUUGACAGGGCUGGGUUCUCAGUUCUCAAAUACUUCAAGUUGAGGUUCAUGAGUGGUAUUGCCUCGGUAGAAUUCAAGGCGGAUGCUAUCCCGAGUCUCUGGAAGCUCAAACUAGUUUUAAAUGACAUCCCCCAAAUGGACCAAAGUCAACAUGGUACUACUUUUAUUAGCAUCGAGCAUAUGCCAGGCCUUAAAGAGAUCUCUGCAAAAAUUGGGGGUGUAGUUCCUAAUGCUGAUGCAGUCUCUGCGUUGAGGACCGUUCUGAGCAAUCAUCUGAACAAUCCUACAAUAAACGUGCAGUUGGUGGAUAGUUUCUGUGGUGACAAAAGCACAGAGCAGAAACAACAACCAGAUGAGAUUCUGGAGGAAGAGAUUAGAGAUACCAGCUGAUAAAGGUAUUACUAAUGCUCGUAAAGAUAAGGAAAUAUGCCCUCCUUGGAUUCAAUUCGACUCGGACUCUUUAAUUAAGCUGAUUUGAUUCUGUGUAGUGAUAUGGAUUUCAAUUCAAGCAGAGAUGCUCAUCCACGAGGACAUGCCCAAGGUCAAACCUCAAAAAACUAUCUUUUCAAAGACUGACCAGCUUGAUUUGGGUCACCUUCCUGUUUUGAUCGAUCAUUAAAGUUACUAACAGGGCUGCAGAUCAUUUCGGUACUAUUGUUGACGCGGCUCAAAAAUCGCUGUGGGCGCAGCUAAAGGGGCUGGCUUUCAUGCACCAUGCAGACACUACCGUGCUAUCUAGUGGUUGCAGAAACAUCUUGCUUUGGGCAUAUUCUGAUGUCUGAAGUUCAUGCGAACAUUGGUAAAAAAAACAUGAGAUACGAGUGAAUUCAAGUGAAGGUCGCAGAUGAAUCAUCUGGCUUUCCAGUUGCUAGCUGUUAUUAUUUUUGUUAGUUUGUAAUUUAGAGUCCACAACGUUUUGAUGGUUUUGACUGCAUGCUGAUGAUCUUCAACAUCACUUUCAACCAUAGCAUGUUACUUUCGAACA